AUGUCGUUCGAUCCGCCUUCAGCAAACUGCUCGUCGACUGAUGCAGAAGAAGCGGUUUGCCUCGUUUCGCACGGGCCGUCAAAGAAAGUGGUGAAGCUCGCAGGCGCCCGGAAACUCGCCGACCUUCACGAAAGCCUGCGGGCGGGUGGGUUCGCGCACCUGAUGAAGGGCGGCGAUCUUCUAAUACAGAUCUUCAACGACUGGUUUCAAUGCUAUGUCGACAUGGAUGAAAGCACCACAGUGCAUGAUGGGGCACUGAUUAACUUGGUUGUCUCCCCAAGCAACUCCGAAGCAUCAGAGGCACCAAGAAAGCCAAAGUUGAUGCAUGCUUUUGUAAACAUCAGGUACCCAAAUAAACUGUACAACGUUGCCGCAAGGAGCCUCGUCAACCACUACCCAGCACUGAUGGACACAUCGGACUCUGGCCAUCCAGCAUUUGAAGUAGAUGAGGUCUUCAUCUCCGAGACAACAAAUUUUAUGAAAAAAGAACUCAAGAAGGGAAACCCAGACAUGGACAAAAUAGAGGACGCCAUGAACAGGACCACAGCUGCUAGGAGAGCAAACAUAGAACAAGAGGGCAUGAGUCUUGCCACUCUUCUAGACCUCUAUCCAGCUUUAAAGCUAGAAAAGGAGAUCUGCAAUGAAUGCUGUCGCCUAACCGGUGUACCACCUGAUAACGCAUUGCUGAAAGCACUGAACGAUUACAGCGACCAUAUUCUAAAUGCAGCAAGGCUCAAGCGAGCAGCGCAGUCAACUCUGUGCACUGUGCUGGCAGAAAUGGCUGUGGAGAACAGAAUUGCGAGAAACUAUGCAAGAGGCGUGGGCGCUCUGAUGAUUCUACCAUUCCUUGUCAAUGAGCGAGGGGACGACAUGUUCACAAAAAUGACACCAGGACAGGAGUUUGCCCACCCCACAUUGCUGUACACUGGCGACAGCCCCAUGUCUUCCGAGGCCAUGUGUGUGAAGUGUGAGGACGUAGGCGUUGAUGUACUGGACUUCACUUCUGGUGUAGUGUUAUUUUCUAUGUACUGGGCGUUCAACAUCGAAUAGGUCAGCUCUGCAAAGCAGACGCUCUCAUUGCUAGAGCACAUGAUGCAAAUCAGAACAAAAACAACAAAGCUAGGCACCAAAGCACUUAAAGUCCUAACAGCAUUGAAAGCACGCUCAGCCGCAGCAACUAAAAAAACAGCAGCCAGUGUUGAACAAGCUGUUGAGCAGGCUGAGAAAGCUCACCAAUUCACCAAAGUCUGAGUGUUCUUGAGAUACACCUCGCUGUAUCCACGUAGCCUCUCUUUUUUUUUUCUUUUUUAACAGUCAGGCUGUUUCGCUGAUCUUAGCCUUGGAUUAUACAGCUGAGGAGUGCAGUAGUCAGCCAAACCUAAAAAUUUUUCUUGUUUUAAUGUUGUUCAUAGUUAGUUUUUAUUAUGGUGACAUAAAGCAAAUACUCACCAAUUAUAUUUUUUUAUAAAUAAAAUUAUUUCGAGGCCAGUAUGGGUUCCUCGUUUGCAAAUGACAGGAGAGGCAGUGGCUUGGUUCUGUGCAGGUGUGGUGACGGAGAGCGCAUGCAUAGAUGUCAAGCAGGCUAUCAUGUCACUUCUGUCGCUUAGCGUAUCAUCUGAAGAUGCAGUGAUAUUAGCAGUAGUUGCGUUGGUAAUACAGUAGCUAUAACAAAUGCCUAGUCUUAGUCUAUAGAAUUACCUAUCUUCUCCUGGUGUUUGGAGUGUUAUCAAGGCCAGUGACUUUUCAGCAGAACCGGAACAUUUCUUUUGUAAGCUAUAGAUUCUUGCUAUUGUAUAAACAUACGUAUCUUCUGCCGGUUUUAGUUCUGUUCUUGUUCUUUUUUGUUUUGUUGAAAAUUGCUUCUCCAUUGUGUUAGCGUUACUUUUGCUUGUUUUUAAUUUAUUACUGUUAUUUAUUGUCUGUCAUUGCGAAAAUGCCCCUCCUGCUAGGGCCAAAGAAUUGGCCUGCAGUAUGGUUAAAUAAAUAAAUAUGUCUUGGAAACGGUUGCGUUUGGCAACUUUGUGCUGAUGCUGCUUUAGGCACUUUUCGAAGUUUUCAGAUUUGCCAGUGUACAGUGAAUCUCAUUUUUUGCAUAGGAAUUUAUACACGACACCAAGGAAGUUCUUCACGUGCACCAUUUCAUCACUUAGCUUGCUGGAAAGGACAUGCGCCACACAAACACUGCAGUCAUUCAACACUCUGGUAAAAGGCCCGCUCAUGCCACCUGCAUACAGGAUGGUAGCACGCUUGCUUUUCUUUGCCACCACUUGGCGGAUGGGCGCUAAGGCAUAACAUUCUUGCUCAUUUAGCAGUUACAGAAGCUGGCCGUUACUUGCCAUGUCAUUUCGCACCAAGAUCAACUCUGCUUUCUGCCUUUAGGGCUCGACCGAAGAUGGAAAAGCAAGGUUCCUAGCGAUGAGGCGACCGAGCAUUUGGUGGUCCUUGAGGUUUACAGAAUCUUGGAAGAACGCUAACAUAAUCCUAGUCCAUAAGAAAGGGGAUGCCAAAGACUUGAAAAAUUAUGGACCGAUCAGCUUACUGUCCAUUGCCUACAAAGUAUUUACUAAGGUAAUCGCAAAUAGAAUCGGGAACACUUUAGACUUUUGUCAACCAAAGGACCAGGCAGGAUUCCGUAAAGGCUACUCAACAAUAGACCAUAUUCACUCUAUCACUCAGGUGAUAGAGAAAUGUGCGGAAUAUAACCAACCCUUAUAUAUAGCUUUCAUUGAUUAAGAAAGCAUUUGAUUCAGUCGAAACCUUAGCAGUCAUGGAGGCAUUACGGAAUCGGGGUGUAGAAGAGCCGUAUAUAAAUAUACUGAAAGACAUCUGCAGCGGCUCCACAGCCACCAUUGUCCUCCAUAAGCAAAGCAACAAAAUCCCAAUAAAGAAGGGCAUCAGGCAGGAAAAUACGAUAUCCACAAUGCUAUUCACAACGUGUUUACAGGAGGUAUUUACAGACCAGGAUUGGGAAGAAUUAGGGAUAAGAGGUAACGGAGAAUACCUUUGUAACUUGCAAUUCGCUGGUGAUAUUGCCUUGCUUAGCAACUCGGGGGGGCUGACUGAAAUGCAUGCUCACUGACCUGGAGAGGCAAAGUAGAAGGGUGGGUCUAAAAAUUAAUCUGCAGAAAACUAAAGUAAUGUUUAACAGUCUCGGAAGUGAACAGCAGUCUACGAUAGGUAGCGAGGCACUGGAAGUGGUAAGGGAAUACAUCUACUUAGGGCAUGUAGUGACCGCGGAUCCGGAUCAUGAGACUGAAAUAAUCAGUAGAAUAAGAAUGGGCUGGGGUGCGUUUGGCAGGCAUUCUCAGAUCAUGAACAGCGGGUUGCCAUUAUCCCUCAAGAGAAGUGUAACACAGCUGCGUCUUACCAGUACUCGCGUACGGGGCAGGAACCUGAAAGCUUACGAAAAGGGUUCUACUUAAAUUGAGGACGACGCAACAAGCUAUGGAAAGAAGAAUGAUGGGUGUAACGUUAAGGGAUAAGAAAAGAGCAGAUUGGGUGAGGGAACAAACGCGAGUUAAUGACAUCUUAGUUGAAGUCGAGAAAAAGAAAUGGGCAUGGGCAGGACAUGUAAUGAGGAGGGAAGAUAACCGAUGGUCAUUAAGGGUUACGGACUGGAUUCCAAGGGAAGGGGAGCGUAGCAGGCGGCGGCAGAAAGUUAGGUGGGAGGAUGCGAUUAAGAAGUUUGCAGGGACAACAUGGCCACAAUAAGCACAUGACCGGGUAGUUGGAGAAGUAUGGGAGAGGCCUUUGCCCUGCAGUGGCCUUAACCAGGCUGCUGCUGCUGCUGCUGAUGAUGAUGAUGAAGGUUUACAGAAAGAAAAUUUAGGUAUUUUGACAUGUGUGGACUUGCGAUAUACCAUGGUGGCAAGGCCAUUUGUUGUUCAUUCCACGAGAACAUUAACGGAUGCAGUAUAGCUAUUCUCAGGCUCUUCCUAUUCUCCUCUAAACUGGGUGCUCUGCUUACAAGAAUUAAGUGCUCCUUGUGAUCACUAUAUGUGCUCUUGCUAAAGGUUACUGUGAUGUGUGCAUAUCUUUUAUUGAAUAAAAUUUUUACAAGUUUUUAA